GGCGCCGUCCUGGCCCGCGGUGUGGCCCGACCCCGAUGGGGCAGGGGGAGGCAGCCGCGCCGGGGGGCCCUGCUCGGCGCUGAGGCGGCGGGGGCGGACCCCGCGGUGUCCCGGGUGCCGGGCUUCGGCAGAGCCCACCGCAGCCGGAGCCUGGAGCCGCGAGCGCUCCUUGGUGUUAAAACAGAGCGGAGGCGGCCUCUGGUGCGUCCCUGCCCACCAUGUCCAAGCCGACAAGCAAGGAUUCAGGCUUGAAGGAGAAGUUCAGGAUUCUGUUUGGACUGGGAACCCCGCGGCCAAACCCCAGGUCUGCAGAGGGCAAGCAGACGGAAUUUAUCAUCACGGCGGAAAUCCUGAGAGAGCUGAGCGUUGAAUGUGGCCUCAACAAUCGCAUCCGGGUGAUAGGGCAGAUCUGUGAAGUUGCAAAAACGAAGAAGUUUGAAGAGCAUGCAGUGGAAGCGCUCUGGAAGGCCGUCGAGGACAUGCUGCAGCCAGAGCGGCCACCGGAGGCCCGGCAUGCGGUGCUGGCUCUGCUGAAGGCCAUCGUGCAGGGGCAGGGGGACCGCUUGGGCGUUCUCAGGGCCCUCUUCUUUAAGGUCAUCAAGGAUUACCCCUCUAAUGAAGAUCUCCACGAAAGACUGGAAGUUUUCAAGGCCCUCACAGACAAUGGGAGACACAUCACAUAUUUGGAAGAAGAACUGGCUGGGUUUGUGCUGCAGUGGAUGGACAUCGGCCUGUCCUCAGAGUUCCUUCUGGUGCUUGUGAACUUGGUCAAAUUCAACAGCUGUUACCUGGAUGAAUACAUCGCAUCAAUGGUCCACAUGAUCUGCCUGCUGUGUGUCCAGACUGUGUCCUCCGUGGACAUAGAGGUCUCUCUGCAGGUGCUGGACGCCGUCGUCUGCUACAACUGUCUGCCGGCUGAGAGCCUGCCCCUGUUCAUUGUCACUCUCUGUCGUACCGUCAACGUCAAGGAGCUCUGUGAGCCUUGCUGGAAGCUGAUGCGUAAUCUUCUGGGCACCCACCUGGGUCACAGUGCCAUCUACAACAUGUGCCGCAUCAUGGAGGACAGAGCCUACAUGGAAGACGCCCCGCUGCUGAGAGGGGCCGUGUUCUUUGUGGGCAUGGCUCUCUGGGGGGCGCACCGACUCUACUCGCUCAAGAACUCCCCGACAUCCGUGCUGCCGUCGUUUUACGAGGCCAUGACCUGUCCGAACGAGGUGGUGUCCUAUGAAAUCGUCCUGUCUAUCACCAGACUCAUCAAGAAGUACCGGAGGGAGCUCCAGGCUGUGACGUGGGAUAUCCUGCUGAACAUCAUCGAACGUCUGCUGCGGCAGCUCCAGAGCCUGGACAGCCCGGAGCUCAGAGCCAUCGUCCAUGACCUGCUGACCACAGUGGAGGAGCUGUGUGACCAGAAUGAGUUCCACGGCUCGCACGAGAGAUACUUCGAGCUCGUUGAGAGAUGUGCAGACCAGAGGCCGGAGUCCUCCCUCCUAAACUUAAUAACCUACAGGGCUCAGUCCAUCCAUCCGGCAAAGGACGGCUGGAUUCACAACCUGCAGUUACUGAUGGAGAGAUUCUUCCGGAACGAAUCCCGCAGUGCUGUGCGCAUCAAGGUGCUCGACGUCCUGUCCUUUGUGCUGCUCAUCAACAGGCAGUUCUAUGAGGAGGAGCUGAUCAGCUCAGUGGUCAUCUCUCAGCUCUCCCACAUCCCGGAGGACAAAGACCCCCAAGUCCGGAAACUGGCCACCCAGUUGCUGGUAGACCUGGCCGAAGGCUGUCACACCCACCACUUCAACAGCCUGCUGGACAUUGUGGAGAAGGUGAUGGCCCGCUCCCUUUCCGCACCCCCUGAGCUGGAGGAAAGAGAUGUGGUGGCAUAUUCAGCCUCCUUAGAGGAUGUGAAGACUGCCGUCUUGGGGCUCCUGGUGAUCCUUCAGACCAAGCUGUACGCCUUGCCUGCCAGCCACGCGGUGCGUGUGUACGAGACCCUCGUCAGCCACCUGCAGCUCCACUACAAGCACGGCUAUGCCCUGCCCAUCGCCAGUAGCAUCCGGCUGCAGGCCUUUGACUUCCUGCUGCUGCUGAGGGCGGACUCCCUGCACCGCCUCGGCCUGCCCAGCAAGGACGGGGCUGUGAGGUUCAGCCCCUACUGCGUCUGCGACUCCACGGAGCCAGAGAGAGGCUCUGAGAAGAAGGCCAGCGGCCCCCUGUCGCCUCCCACCGGGCCAUCCGGCCCAGCACCUGCCGGUCCCGCUGUGCGGCUUGGCUCCCUGCCCUACUCCCUGCUCUUCCGGGUCCUGCUGCAGUGCUUGAAGCAGGAGACGGACUGGAAGGUGCUGAAGCUUGUUCUCGGCAAGCUGCCCGAGUCCCUGCGCUUCAAGGUCCUCAUCUUCACGUCCCCGUGCAGCGUCGACCAGCUGUCUUCCGCCCUCUGCUCCAUGCUUUCAGGUCCCAGAACUCUGGAGCGGCUCCGAGGCACCCCGGAAGGUUUCUCCAGGACCGACCUGCACCUGGCUGUGGUACCUGUGCUGACGGCGUUAAUCUCUUACCAUAACUAUUUGGACAAAACCAGACAGCGGGAGAUGGUAUACUGCCUGGAGCAAGGCCUGAUCUACCGCUGUGCCAGCCAGUGCGUGGUGGCCCUGGCCGUGUGCAGCGUCGAAAUGCCCGACAUCAUCAUCAAGGCGCUGCCUGUCUUGGUCGUGAAGCUCACACACAUUUCGGCCACAGCCAGCAUGGCCAUUCCACUCCUCGAAUUCCUGUCAACUCUGGCCAGGCUGCCUCACCUCUACAGGAACUUUGCCGCUGAGCAGUACGCGAGUGUGUUCGCCAUCUCCCUGCCGUACACCAACCCCUCCAAGUUUAAUCAGUACAUCGUGUGCCUGGCCCAUCACGUCAUAGCCAUGUGGUUCAUUAGAUGUCGUCUGCCUUUUCGGAAGGAUUUUGUUCCUUAUAUCACUAAGGGCCUGCGCUCCAAUGUCCUCCUGUCUUUUGAUGACACCCCGGAGAAGGACAGCUUCAGAGCGCGGAGCACCAGUCUGAACGAGAGGCCCAAGAGGAUCCAGACAUCCCUCACGAGUGCCAGCUUGGGGUCUGCGGACGAGAACUCAAUGGCCCAGGCUGACGACAACUUGAAAAAUCUCCACCUGGAGCUCACGGAGACUUGUCUGGACAUGAUGGCCAGAUACGUGUUCUCCAACUUCACGGCGGUCCCCAAGAGGUCCCCCGUGGGGGAGUUCCUCUUGGCUGGUGGCAGGACCAAGACCUGGCUGGUUGGAAACAAGCUCGUCACUGUGACGACGAGCGUGGGGACCGGGACCCGGUCACUGCUGGGCUUGGACUCAGGAGAGCUGCAGGGCAGCCCAGAGCUGAGCUCUGACCCCAGUGCGCACGUGAGGCAGACAAAGGAGGCGCCUGCCAAGUUGGAGUCCCAGGCUGGGCAGCAGGUGUGCCGUGGGGCCCGGGACCGCGUCCGCUCCAUGUCUGGGGGCCACGGCCUUCGUGUUGGUGCCUUGGACGCUCCAGCCACCCACUGCCCAGGCGCACAGACCACGCCGGCCAGCACGUCCGAGAGGGCCUCGGCUGCCGCCCAGCUCCCGGCGCAGGAGAAGACGAGCCUGGCGGCCUACGUACCCCUGCUGACCCAGGGCUGGGCGGAGAUCUUGGUCCGGAGGCCCACGGGGAACACCAGCUGGCUGAUGAGUCUGGAGAACCCCCUCAGCCCCUUCUCCUCGGACAUCAACAACAUGCCCCUGCAGGAGCUGUCCAACGCCCUCAUGGCCGCCGAGCGCUUCAAGGAGCGUCGUGACACGGCCCUGUACAAGUCACUUUCGGUGCCGGCGGCCGGCUCCGCCAAGCCCCCUCCGCCCCCACGUUCUAACACAGUGGCCUCUUUCUCCUCCCUGUACCAGACCAGUUGCCAUGGAGAGCUGCACAGGAGCAUUUCCUGGGCAGACUCCGCGGUGGUUCUGGAGGAGGGAAGUCCCAGCGAGACUGAUUUGCCAGGCGAGCCCACCGAGCUGGAGGACUUUGAGGCCACCCUGGGCCCAGAGAGGCGCUGUCGGCGCCCUGAAGCCUACAGUAGAUCGUCUUCCAGCUCCAGCCAAGAGGAGAAGUCUUUCGCCGCAGAGGAGGUGGCUGCCGGAGGGCUCCCCAUCGGGCGGGCCGUGUCUGCCGAGGGAGCCCGGCCCUCUGCGGGGCUCUCCUUCCAGCCCACCCAGCCCCUCAGCAAGUCUAGCUCCUCGCCAGAGCUGCAGACCCUGCAGGAUACACUCGGGGACCCUGGGGACAAGGCCGACGUUGGCCGGCUGAGCCCCGAGGCCAAGGCCCGCUCACAGUCCGGGACUCUGGACGGGGCAGGUGCCACCUGGUCGACCCCAGGUGAAGAGAGUCAGGGCCGGGGCCCUGCGAGGCCCGAGGGUCCCUCGCCUUCUGGCUGUCCCCGUUCCCCCGGUGGCCUGCGUCCCAGAGGCUACACCAUUUCGGAUUCAGCCCCGUCACGCAGAGGCAAGACGGUAGAGCGGGACGCCUUCAAGAGCAGAGCUGGGGCCUCCAAUACUGAGAAGGUGCCGGGCAUCAACCCCAGCUUCGUGUUCCUGCAGCUCUACCACUCUCCUUUCUUUGGCGACGAGUCCAACAAGCCGAUCCUUCUGCCUAACGAGACAGGCCCCGCACUCCGAUGCCCCGUGUGCCCGAAGAGCACCGUGAGGCCUGAUGAGCUCCCGCCCCACGCGGCACCGGGUGAACAGAGCCCUCGUCCCGUCAUCUACUAA